AUGGGAGUGAGGAGGGAUGAGGAGGAAGAAGCGAGGACAGAGAUGGGAGUGAGGAGGGAUGAGAGUGAGGAAGAAGGUAGGACGAGGACUGGAGAGAGAAUGGAUCAGAGGGAAGAAGGAAGGAGAGAGAUGGGAGUGAGGAGGGAAGAGAGGGAGGAAGAUUGGAGGAGAGAGAUGGCAGUGAGGAGGGAAGAGAAGACGCAAGAAGGGAGGACAGAGAUGGGAGUGAGGAGGGAAGCGAGGGAGGAAGAAGGGAGGAGAGAGAUGGGAGUGAGGAGGGAAGAGAGGGAGGAAGAUUGGUGGAGAGAGAUGGGAGUGAGGAGGGAAGAGAAGAAGGAAGAAGGGAGGACAGAGAUGGGAGUGAGGAGGGAUGAGAGGGAGGGAGAUGGGAGGACAGAGAUUUACAGCAUCUCUUCACUGUCACCCAUGCCCUACUCAACCCCUAUCCCUUUCAAGCCAUGCUAA